UCUCUGUCAUGCGUACAGUAAACAACUGUCAAAAUGUUCAAAAGUUCAACGGCUGCAAAAGUUUAGAACUAAUGAAAUAAGAUUGUUUUGGGAUUUUGUAUUCCAACAACAGUGAUAAUUGUUAUAUGAGCAAAGAAGGGAAUCUAUUUUGAUUGGCGAAUGUAUUAAAAUAAGUUAAUCAUGAGUGGUAAUUCGGAAUCGACGUCGAACAGCAUCAAGUUUGCUCCAAUGCCGAUGUCGGCAUUGCUUGCUAAUUUGAUGCCACUGAAUAAUGUUUCCGACAGCCCUGACUCCAGCUUCUCUUCAGCCGACGAUAGUGAUAACUCUUUUGGACAAACUGUAGCGAAAAAACCGUCACCUAUGAAGAAAAUAAACAAAGACUUUUUCACACCUACAGUUAAACCGAAACCAAAAGACAUCAAAGCGUUUGCAUCAGAAAAGAAAGUUAGCUAUAAUGAGCAUGAUAAAGAAAACUCGAAGGACUAUAGUUGGGCACCGAGUCAGACAUGUCCCGCGAAAGAAAACCCUAUAAUGCAAAGUGCUCACAAAAGUGUAAAUUUAAAUUCAAAUGUAAAUCCAAGCUCAGAAAUGAAGAAGCGUAGUAUCUUAAUGCAGCAGAAUGCUAACACGCGUAUGCCAAAUUCUACUUUAAAGAAGACUCCAGAAGCAGCCAAAGUACACAACAGUGGGCAAAAGUUAAAGACGGCCACACCUAAGAUGAAGUCAGGCAUCAGGAAGUUUACACCGGGCUCUAAUAAACAAAGCCAUAAGAAGACUCCUCAGAAAGCAUUAAUACAGAAUAGGGAUAGAGUCAGAUGUGAAUUGUUUACACAGAAUCCAGCUAAGGAUGAGGGUAUGUGUCCUCCACCACGAGUGGAGUCUGCGCCAGUACCAGUCCCUGUGCCAGAGACUCCUCAGAACAGGAAGGCAAUGCCAGCGUCUUAUGUUGCCACACCAUCUUACCCUCAGGGAGUGGUGAACAACAAUUCAAAGAUAUUGUUUAAGACAACAAGUAUAAAGGAUAAGAAGUACAUGUUUAUCAAGAAGCUCGGUGUCGGAGGAUCCAGCGAGGUGUACAAAGUUUUGGAAGUAGGCACAUCAAGUGAGUUUGCCGUGAAGUGUGUGUAUCUAGCAACUGACCAUGAGCUGGCACAGGGCUACAUCAACGAGGUCCGACUGCUGCGGGAACUGCAGAACUCUGAUAGAGUCAUUAGGCUAUUUGACUAUGAGUACGACCGCACGAACCAGUUCCUGCGCAUGGUGCUGGAAGUAGGCGAGACAGACCUGUCCUCGUUCCUGAAGGCGCGCGGCGCCGGCCUGCCGCCCGCGCUCGUGCUGCACUACUGGGAGGAGAUGCUGCAUGCUGUGCACUACAUACACGAACAUGGUGUAAUUCAUGCGGACUUAAAGCCGGCGAACUUCCUGCUGGUCUGCGGGCGCUUGAAGCUGAUCGACUUCGGCAUCGCGUCAGCCAUCAGCAGCGACGCCACGUCGGUGGUGCGGUCGCAGGCCACCGGCACCUACUCCUACAUCAGCCCCGAGGCGCUCAUGGGCGGCGCCGGCGGGUAUGGCGUCGCUAACGGCGAUGGUAGCGCUCCUAUUAAGAUCUCGUUCCGUUCGGACGUGUGGUCCCUGGGCUGCAUCCUGUACAGUAUGGUGUACGGGCGCACCCCCUUCGGUCACAUCCCUAACCUCGCCAAGCUGGCCGCCAUACUCGACCCCAACCAUCGCAUCGACUAUCCGCCCGUGGAGCACCUCCCUCCGUCGCUGGUGGCGGCGCUGAAGUGGUGCCUGACGUACAACGCGCGGUCGCGGCCGUCCGUGCGCGAGCUGCUGGCCAUCCCCUACCUGCAGCCCGCGCGCGCGCCGCUGCCGCCGCCGCUGCUGGACAAGCUGCAGCCGCUCGUCACGCCCCAGGAGUUCCGCCUGCUGCAGCGGGCGCAGCUCUAGCACACGCCCGCAACACUACGACGUGUGUCUGAUAGGAUUGCUCGCAAUGGAGCUCUUCAUUGAAGAACAAUUAUCCCGAUUUGGAUACUUAGUAAAUCUAACCAUAUGUGGAUAUGUAAGGAAAGUGGGACGCGAGCUUUAGCGGUAUUCGUGUUGUUGCUCGUGUCGCAAUGCGUGAGAAUAAUGAAUUAAUGUAGUCAACCAACUGGUAGUGGCCUCAUUCACCAUAUAUUACAUGUCGUUGUAAAUAUAAUACAUUGUCUGUUUUGUAUGCGCAGCGCCUUGAUGGCUUAUUAGGACUUAAAUAAAUAACUAAAUUAAAGUCUGGCUAAAUGUAUGAUCACAAACAUGUUCUGUGUUCUAAGACAAAUUGUUAAAUUGUUGUAUCUAAAAUUAUUUUGAUAGCACCAAAGUAUGUUAGUCCUAUUUGUAAAUAUGUAUAAACAGUAAUUUUAACCUCUUAUUAAUAAAAGUAAAAUAAUUUUCAUAUUUGUAACUUAAGCACACCAUGCUGGUGAAAUUAACACAAUUUAAAGAAAUUAAUAUAACUAAUAUGUAUGAUGAUAAAGUUUAUAUUUAUGAUAACUGUAUGAUAGGAAUAAUAUUAAUGAAAUUUAACAGAUAAUUUAUUACAUAAAUAAUGUACUGUAUAAAUGGACCACUGACUUUUAUUGGAAAAUAAACAAUUUAAUUUGGAAA